AUGGCAAGUCAUCGUAAUUUUCUUUCAGUCAUUUUUGUUCUAGCUGUAGUCAUCAUCAUCUCUCUUUCAAACACAGAUGCCAUUGAAUCCAACAAUGGUGGUGGCUUCACUAUCGAUCUCAUCCACAGUGAUUCGCCACUCUCUCCAUUAUAUAAUCCUUCUAAAACUUCAUGGCAGCGUUGGCAGAAUUCCUUCAAUCGACGGAUAAACAAACAUGAUGCUACAGAUAUUAUCCCUGAUAAUGGACAAUAUCUUGUUAAGUUAUCGAUCGGUACUCCACCAGUCGAGGUCCAUGGAAUUCUUGAUGCAGGUAGUGAUCUUAUUUGGACACAAUGUGCACCAUGUCCAGGAUGUUAUAAGCAAAUACUUCCUCUCUUUGAUCCUACAAGAUCCUCAACGUAUAAAGACCUUCCAUGUCAAAACAAAAUAUGUGAAGAGCUAGGUCCUGACCCUUGUAGCAGAAGUAAGAAUUGCCAAUAUGGAUAUGGAUAUGGAAGUGGUGGCUAUAGUAAAGGCAAUCUUGCCACUGAUACUUUCACCUUUGGUUCUUUGGUGGUGCCAAAUACGGUAUUUGGUUGUGGUCACAACAACUCAGAUACCUUCAACGAGCGAGAAACUGGAAUAAUAGGGCUUGGUAUGGGUUCGAUGUCGCUGAUUACACAAUUAACUUCAAAACUUGGUUUCAAGUUCUCAUACUGUUUGGUGCCAUUGAGUGCCCCAACUGUUAUGAGCAAACUAACAAUCGGUAACGAGGCUGUGGUUUCAGGUGGUGGAACUAUUUCGACUCCUUUAGUAGUAAAACCUAAGGAUACUUUCUACUAUGUGACACUAAAUGCCAUGAGCGUCGGGAACACGAGAUUGCCAUAUGAUCAUGGAAGUAAGGAAGGUAACCUCAUCAUCGAUACUGGUGUUCCUCCUAUUUUGAUCCCAACCGAGUUUUACAACCAGUUGGUAGCAGCAGUAAAGGGUGCGAUUAGUGCACAACCUCUUCCAAACAAGGGAACACAGUUAUGCUAUGCGAGUAAUACUAAAAUUGAUGUGAUGAUCACGGCACAUUUCACUGGUGCCGAUGUACAAUUGAAGCCGGUUAACACAUUUGUUAGUACUCCAGAUGGGUCGGUAUGUUUCGCAGUGAAUCCGGAUGAUAAGAUUGCCAUUUAUGGAAACUUCGCUCAGAUGAACUUUUUCGUUGGAUAUGAUCUUGCAAAUAAGAGUGUCUUCUUCAAGCCAACUGAUUGUACCAAGCCACAGUAG